AUGGAAUUUAAUAUAAAUAAAAUUGGGAAACAAAGUUCACCAGGUAAAUCGAUUUUAAAACAAAAUUAUUUAAAAAGUUAUAAUAAUAAUAAUAAUAAUAAUAAUAAUAAUAAUAAUAAUAAUAAUAAUAAUAAUAAUAAUAAUAAUAAUAUUAAUAAUAAUAUUAAUAAUAAUUUUACAGAUGAAAAUGAAUUGGUUAAUAAUAUAACACCAACUAAAAAACAAUUUAAUGAAAAUGAAUUGUUUAAUAAUAUAACACCAAUUCAUCCCCAACAAAAAUCACCUACAAAAAACAAAGUUUCCAUAUCAAAUGAAUCAGUUACGGUUCAUCGAUAUCAACCAAAAUCACCAAUAAAAAUUAAAAAAUUAAAAAAACCAUUCCCAUCAAACAAUAACAACCAUUUUAAAAUUGAUAACAACUGUGAAAACAAUGAAACAAAUGUAACAAUCCAAGAAGCAGAAUCGUUGGAUGAAAAAGAGGACCCCUACCAAUCAUCUAUAGUAGAGGAAAACUACAAUAAUAAUAAUAACGAAAAUGUUAAAAUUAUUAAAAAAAAACCACUUUUAAAUAAAAUUAAAAAAUGUAUUGAAUAUCCAAUAAAUAAAUUCGAUUCAUUUCAAGAAGAGUUAACAAUUUUUAUUUAUAAAAACCAACAAUACUCUAAAUAUUUUAUUUAUUUUAUUGCUGUUCUACUUAAUGUUUUAUUAAUAGGAUAUUCAUUGGGCUUCCUAGGACCCAUAUUUGGUUUGGUUGUGGUGACAGUGGGCAUUACUAACGCGAUAUCUUUCUUUAAAUCAGUAAAGACCUAUCAACUAUACAGAUAUGAGGGCAACUCAUUUCAAAGUCCAAACAUGUCUCUAAUUGAGGUCGAACAUGAAGGAUCCAUUGAUAAAAUCCCAACACUGCAUGUUUGGGAACCAAAAUUCCCAUCUAAAAUAUUAUUUACUUUAUUUAAUCCAUUAAAUAUUAUUAUAAUGUCCAAAGCAGGUCCAAAGAUUGAAGAUUUUAUUUGUUUCUUCUGUAUCUCCUUCUCCAUUUCAAUAAUGGUUAGGUUUUUAAUCAAAAUGUAUGAAGAAAAAAUCAAAGACGAAAAAAUACUACAUAAUCAAUUAGUCAAUGAAUAUAAUCACUAUAUGAGAGCAAUACCUUCAACAAAUGAUUAA